AUGUUGAUUUUUUGCUGGUAUUGCAUAGUCAGAAACUGUGAUACUUUUGGUGACAAAAGGAAGUCGAUCACAUUCAAGUCAUGGGGUCUAGAGGAGAAUUCUACUCAGGAUCAUGCUCGUCAUACAGUAAACAACGGUUUCUACCUUGAUUUUCUUUACAAAAGCCGAUCAAAUUCUACUACCCUAGUAAACCACGAUCUACAAUCCCAGGACUGGAUCCGCAUGGUAGUUCGAUGGUAUGAGGAGCAUCGUGGAAUGUAUCCUCAGACUGCAAUGCUGCACUAUCUCGAAAUCGCUGAGGGUUUAGAAACCUAUGGCGUGGAAUUCUUUGAAAUCUAUAAUAGAAGAGGUACCGACCUCCUUCUAGGAAUCGAUGCCAUGGGCUUGGCGGUGUAUAAACCUCCGGACAGGAUAACUCCAAAAGUGGGCUUCCCCUGGUCAGAGAUCCGAAAUAUCGCUUUCAAUGAUCGCAAGUUUACAAUUAAGCCAAUAGACAAAAAGAGCUCAGAUAUUGUAUUCAUGACCAAGAAUCUGAAAGUGAAUAAGAAGAUCCUCGCGCUUUGCAUUGGUAACAAUGAGCUCUAUGUUCGUCGUCGACAGCCUGUUCCCAUUGAGAUUCAACAGAUGCGGUCUCAGGCUUGUGAAGAAAACGCCUUCCGAGAGGCCGAACGGUACGUAUAA